GCUAUGAAAUGGACUAAGAUUGCCUGGAGUGAAGUGUCAGCUGAAACGAUCAAAAGGUGUUGGUUUCGCACGAAAGUUGUAUCCCCUCGCGAUGAAAAUGGUGUACCUAUCGUCCCUCCCAUUUCUGAUGAAGGUAUUGAUGAUGUGGAAGAAACUGAUCCAAAUGAUGAACUAGCAGUUAAGGAACUCCAACAGCAAAUAAAUAUAUUGCAUGUUCGUAAUCCAAUGCCAAUUGAAGACUUGUUAAACCUUGAAGAAGAACAAGAAGUACACCAUCAGUUUACCGAUGAAGAUCUGAUUCACACCGCUACAGAAAUUGAACAGAUCGAAGACGAAUUUGUUGUGCCAUCCCUAACUGGGGAGGAACAAUUAAACAUUUUACGUAGUGCUUUAAGAAUUGUUGAUGAAAGGAUUGAAGAUGGUGGAGUAACAAUGAAAUCAUUACGCAAGCUACAAACCUGUAUUCGUGAGGAAGUUCGAAAAGAAAAAGCUAGUAAGCAAGUCCAAAAUAAAUUGGAGCAGUACUUCAAAACUUGA